GCAUGCAUGAUUUUAAGCAGAUUUCACUUCAUUAUAUGUACAAAAUAACACUGAGGCGUAAUAAAUUAGUGGAAUGGUGUGACAACAAUGCUCUUGUGAUUAAUAUAAAAAAAUGGGAAAUUGUAUUUGGCUCAACAUCUGAUGCAUGUACAAAGCCUGUAGUUAGUUAUACAUAAUGAAAACAUCAGACAGGUGGAAAAGUGUAAGAGUUUAGGUGUAACAAUAGAUAACAGAUAGACCGGGGUUCUCAAAGUUUACAUUCAAAGGUCCGAAUCUGAAUUCUCAUCAACGUCAAAAGGUCUGAAAUAAUUAUUACAAAACUUGUUUUUAAUAAACAUGCUUAUAAAUUUAUAUAACAAUUCAACUUUAUAUGCUGAUGAUCAUAUUCUGUAUUAGAUGAAAUAUAAGUUAUCUAAAGCUGCAUUAGAUGUUGGUGUUUCUUAAAGGAAUAGUUCAUGAAUAGAAAACCAAAAAACUGAAAUUCUGUCAUCGUUUAAUCAUCCUUGGGUCAUUUUAAACUACUUUAAAGCACCAUAAAAGAUGUCCAUAUCUCUAAUCACAAUCAUGAAUGCUGUAAAUGCUGUGCAGCUGUUCAUUCUGGUUUGGACCUUUACUGCUGUCUGUCAAGACGAUAAAAAAAUCAGUGUAAGCUGCGAUGAUGUGACUGGAUUUGUGGGGAAAGAAGUAACUCUCACCUGCAGCGUCUCUCUGCAGAUCACUGAAUGCUGCAUUAUAAUGUAUAAGUUUCAAUACCCUGAGAUCUUUAAUGACUCUGCAAUCUGCUAUCAAGAUUUUCUUGUGAACUCCUGUGAACAGAGAAACAGUUUCACGUGCAGCUACACUCCAACUACAGCGAUGAGAGAACAAUUCAGAUUCUUUGUGCAAACAACGUGUGGACGGACCCCAUCAAAAUUCACUGUUGACAUAUCAGUUUCCACAGAAACAUCAGGAUCCUCUCCACCAGAGACAGCAGCAGGAUCCAAGGGUACUGUCAUCACUGUGGUUGUGGUUGGUUUCAUCAUCAUCAUCAUCAUCAUCAUGACGGCAAUCAUUUGCAAAACAAAACCAAACUUCACCAAACUUUGUAGAUGCCAGAACUGGAUGUUUUUGAAAGUCAGACAUGAUGAGGACAACAAUCGACCAGGAAUUGAGAUAUUAUAGCAUCGAGUUUUGUUCAUUGUGACUUUUCAUGUGGUGCUCAUGAAACACAAGCUUUAUUUGAACUCCACUAAACUCUACACCAUCUUAUAUCUCAGACUACUGAAUAUAUAAUUCUGGCUGUAGGUUUUAAACAGUUGUUUCUGUUUUAUAUUGAUUUCUGUGAAAUACAGCAUAUUAUUGAUCUGUUUGAUCAGAGUAUAUGACUUUAAUAAACUCAAACCUUUGUAAACUUUAAGAGGAAACAGUGAAACUCAAA